GGGGACGGGGGCUCCCCCAGACGGGGACAGAAACCCCUCCCCGUCCCGUCCCGCCAGCAUCGCCGGUUCCUGGCUGCGGCCGUUGCCGUUCCCGCCCCGGCUGAGACCUGCUGAACUCGCCACAUCCCAAGCGCCACGUGGGGGUCGGCUCCGCGGCGAUGCCCGGAUGCCCCUUCCAGCCCCGGCCCCUCUCCCGCCACCGGCGGCAGCUCCCCGGCCGCCCCACCGGAGGCCAUGCGGCCCCCCACGCCCACCGGCGCCCGGGGGGUUUGGUGCCUGGUGCUGCUGGCACUGGCGGGGGACGCGGCGCGGCCGCCGUGCCGCAUCGACGCCGACAACCGGACGGGGCUGUGCAAGGGGCAGGACCUGGUGCGGGUGCCCCCCGGCCUCCCCGGCAGCCUGCGCGGCCUCGACCUCUCCUACAACAAGCUACGGGAGAUCGCGGCCGGUGACUUCGCCGGCAUGACCCAACUGCGGCGCUUGGAUUUGGGCUACAACAACAUCUCCCGCAUCGCGCCGGACGCUUUCCUCUCCAACCUCCUCUUGGAGCACCUCUGCCUCUUCAACAACUCCCUCCGCCGCAUCCCGGCGCCGGCGUUGCGACCGUUGGUCAACCUCCGUCGGUUGGACAUGUCCAACAACCUCUACGGCAGCGCGGCGUUGGACGAUGUCUUCGGCAGGCUGCGGCGGUUGCGGGAGCUCUCGCUGGGGGGGCCGUUGCUGCAGGACAUCUCCCGGGGGGACUUCGCCGUCUUGAAGGACACGGCGCUGCAGAAGUUCGCCAUCAAGUCGGCCUCCAGCCUGCGGCGGUACGAAGCCGGGGCGUUCUCGUGGCUCAACACCACGGAGCUGUGGUGCGACACGGCCUUGGACGAGAGCGCGGCGGCUCUGCCGGUGAUGCUGCGGGACCUGCGGGGCAAAGCCCUCGACUACCUGCGUUUCCGUAACCUCUUCGAGUUCACCUACUACACCGGCGACGCCGAUCCCUUCGCCGGCUUGGCCGAGUUGCAGAUCACCAAGUUGGUCUUCUACCGUGGCAAGUUCAACGAGAACCUCCUCCGCCUGGCCCUGCUCAACAUCCAACGCUCUUCUGUCCGCGACUUGGCGCUGGUGGCCAUCGACUUUGCCCGCUCGCCGUGGUGGAACAGCUCCAGUACUGGGGCAGCCGCCCCGUGGCUCGACCGCCUCUUGCUGCAGGACAUCAGCAACCCAGACGUCCUGCGUUUUGACUGGACCUUCACCUGGCUGAGCGGCGUGGCCACCCUCUCCAUCAUCAACGUCAACUUCAACUACGUCCCCUGCGACGCUUGGGGCGAGCUGCGUAACGUGGAGGCCUUGGACAUCUCCGGUAACCGUCUGGAGGAUGGUUAUAUCUACAACCAACAUUGCGACUACCAGGGCGUCAUGCCCAAGCUGGAGAGCUUUGUCUUGGCCGCCAACCAGCUCCUGAGCCUGGCCGUGUUGGCCGCCUUGACGCGAACAUGGCCUCGUCUCACCCGCCUCGACGCCAGCCGCAACGGCUUGGGCAGCCUGCAGGAGACGUGUCAAUGGAGUCCCACCUUGCGUUGGCUGGCCCUCCACCACAACCGGAUGACGGUGGGCGCCUUUGGGUGCCUGCCCACCACCCUCGAGUACCUGGACCUCUCGUACUCUCAACUUGACCGCUUGGACAUGGACUACUUCACCCGAAGCCCCCGGCUGCGAGAGCUGCGGUUGAGCGGCAACAAGAUCAAGUUCAUCCCCUCCGAGUGGCGAUGCCCCCGUUUGCAGGUGCUGGCCAUCGACGGCAACUCCUUCGGCGUCAUCAACCGCGGUUCCUUCGUCAACAUGCCGCAGCUCGUUAGCCUGGCGGCCGGCAACAACCCCUACCACUGCACCUGUGACCUCUACCUCUUCUUGGAGGAGACGCGGCGACGGGGACGACCCACCUUGGCCGACUGGCCCCGCAACUGGACCUGCUACCACCCCGAGCCGCUGCUGGACACGGCCGUGGCCGCCUACGCCCCGCAUCUCCUGGAAUGCGACGUCCCCGCGCUGGUGGCCGUGGCGAUGGCCAGCACGGCGGUGGCCGUGGCGGCAUGCGCCGUGCUCUGCUGGAAGCUGGACGUCGGUUGGUACCUCCGAGCCACGUACCGGUUGGUACGCGCCAAGUACAGCGGGCGGCGGACGGGCGCCGCGCGACGAUGCUCCUACCACGCCUUCAUCUCCUACAGCCGUGCCGACGCCGACUGGGUUCGCCGGGAACUUCUGCACCGUCUGGAGAGCACCGCGCCGCCGUACCGGCUCUGCAUCCACGAACGGGACUUCACGCCGGGCCGUUGGAUCAUCGAUAACAUCGUGGAGAACAUCGAGAGGAGCGCCAAGGUCAUCUUCGUCCUCUCCCGUAGCUUCGUCGACAGCGAGUGGUGCAACUACGAGCUCUACUUCGCCCACCAGCGCGCCGUGGGGCUGGGCAGCGAGGACGUCAUCUUGGUGGUGAAGGAACCCAUCGAUGCUCGGGGGUUGCCCCGGCGUUUUGCCCGGCUCCGGAAGAUGUUGGGUACCAAGACCUACCUGGAGUGGCCCAGCGAGCCCGGGAGACGACCCUUCUUCUGGCUCCAGCUCCGGAGCCUCUUGGGCAACCCCGGGGGGGUCGGUCAAACCGACAGCGGCGAGGAGGAGGAGACGGCCGUGGAUGCCACCACGUAGCGGUGGCCUCUGUUGUCCCGUGUCCUUCGGUAGCUGGAGGGGGGGGGGUGAGGGGGCUUGGGGUUGCGCUGGGCAACCCCCUCUGCCUCAGUUUCCCCUGCCGGGGGCGGCUCGAGGAGGAGCAGGCGUUGGGGUGGGACGUGGCGGUGGUGGCGGUGGUGGUGGUGGGGUCCUCAUCGAGGUCACCCCAUCUUCACGUCCUCCUCCGAGGGACAGGAGAUGGGGAUGGCGUCCAGGAGGUGGCACUGUCACCCGGAGGACGUGGCGACCCUAAAUCCUCCCUAAAUCCACCCAAAACUGCUGGACGGCAGCGGGGAUGAGCAGUGACCCCCAAAAUCCCCCCCAUCACCCCCAAACCCCCACCCCCCAGAUGGGGACAAGAGCAGAGCGGGGGGGUGCUCAGCCACGUCCCUGGGGAUCAAUCCUGCUCCGGCGGGGACACCCAGCCGGUGCGGACACCGCUUUUCCGGGAAAAAGGGAAAAUCCCCGUCAGCGGCCCCCCGGUGCCCCCCCCAGAGCCCGCACCCCCUCCUUCCCUCUCCUCUUGA